AUGUCAUAUCAAAAUGAUGCACAAUACAACCACUAUAACAUUGAACCAAUGAAUACAGGUAAUUAUAGAUAUGGAGGCGGGGGCAGCUAUAAAUCAAAUUUAAAUGAUCAAAAUGUAUACAAUAACAUAAAUAAUAAUGGUGACCAAGAAAAUAUAGAUUUUAAUCAACAAUACCAUCACCAAUCCUCACAAUAUCACCACAACAACCAACAGCCAACAACAACAUUUAAAAGUAACAAUAAUCAAAGACCUCAUCCAAUACAACAAACAAGACAACACCAAGGAAUUGAUAUACAAAAUAUACCAGUUACUCCAAUCCCCAAAAAGAAUGACCAAGGCUCAUCAAGAGUACCACAAUCACCAAAUAGGGUUAAUUUUAAUAUACCAUCCAUUGUAACAUCUGAUGCAAGUGAUAAAUUAUCAGCUGCUAAUAAAGCUUCAAGACAAAAGCUUACUGCAAGUCAAAGCUAUUUAGAUGAGGAUGCAACUAUUGAAUACCAAGAUGAUUUCCAAAGGGAAUCAAAUGAUAUAGCAAACAAUCUUAAAACCCCAAAUCCAAAAAAUCAUAAUCUACCUCAAUCAUCGCAUCAAUAUUCAAACUAUCAUCAACAACAACAACCAUCACACACAAUAAACAAUCAUCAUCAACCAGAUCAACAAACACAACCACCACCAUCACAACCAUUUUACCCAAAGCAAUAUACAGCUCAACAACCAACACAAAACCAACAAUAUGAACAAAAUAAUAGAUCUAGCAAUCAAUAUGUACAAAAACUAGAAGAGGAAAUAUCAGUUUUAAGAGAUACACUAAAAGAAAUGAAUAAACAAAAACCAAAAUCCUUUUCAAUAAAUCAACAAUCUCAAAUUCCAACAACAUCAUUCCAAGAUCAAACUAUCCAACAACAACCACCACAAUCACAACCACAUUUACAGGCAUCACCACAAACUAUCCAACAACAACAACAACAACCAUACUAUCCAACCCAACAAUCAUAUAACAGUGAAAAUGACUAUUUUAUUAAAAACAAACUAAAUGAACUUACAGAUGAAAUCUAUCAAUUGAAAGAUGAAAUCUCUGACCAUGAAAAAACAAUUGAUCAACAAAAAAAAGCCAUAAUAAGAUUGGAAAAAGAGAAAAAGAAACUUAUAGAGUCUGAAAACUAUUUAUUAAGUGAAAAAUCAAGAUUGGAAAGAGAAAAUUUAAUAUUACAACACAAUGGUUCAGCAUCAGAAGCAUACGAACUUGGUUUAAAGAAUUUGGAAGAGGAUAAAUUAAGACUAAAAGAUACAAUUAGCAGUUUACAAAACCAAAUCAACUUGCUCAACCAAGAUAUACACAAAAAGAACUAUCAAAUACAAGAAAUUGGUUCAGACUACGACCAAUUAGUGGAAAAAUUUGAUACCUUAAAAAAUCAAGAUAACAACAACAAGGAACACCUUAAAGAACUCACUGACAUCAACAAAGAGUUUGAACAACUUAAAAUCAAUACAACAAGCGAGAAAGAAAAGCUUUUACAAAAAAUUAGUGAACAAAAUCAAACAAACAGAAACCUGCUCAACGAAAUAGAUAAUAAAAACCGACACAUCACCCAAAUCGAAAGCUCACAACAUGAAAUAAAUGGUAAACUUAAAAUUUUGAUCGAUAGCUAUAAAACAAAAAAUAAACAGCAGUCCUCGGAAAACCAAGAAUUAAAUAACAAAAUUACUCAACUUCAAAAUGCACUCCAAUCAAAGAGCUCGAUUUUUAAAAAAACCUUUGAUGAAUCUCUUGAAAAUAUCAAAAAACUACAAAAUCAAUUUGAAACAAGUGAAACCGAAUAUAAAUUUAAACUCAACGAAAAAGAAAAUCAACUAUUUGAAUGUAAGAAUGAAAUAAAAUAUUACCAAGAUAUUAUCGAAAAACUCUCACCUGGUUUUAAUAGAGGAGCCAGUGGAAGAGGUACAACCCCAAGUAGAACCCCAUCUCCUGUAACCUAUAGUACCCCAACCAGAGUCAACACCCCAACCAUAACGAGAACCCAUAAUGAUGGAGUUGGUGGUACUCCUUCGAGUGGUAGCGGUGGUACCCACUCUAGAUACAAUGGCAAUCCAAUUAGUAGAGUCCAACUAAAUCCUCAAUCCUCAACUUUUAGAUAA